ACCUUUAAAGAGCGAUGGAGCCGUUGUUAGUUAGGAGGAGCACACAUGCUCCGUUCGCGAGAUGAGGAGCAGUUAUAUGCACUUGGAUUACGGGCUGCUGAAGUGAAACAACGUCUUCGCUUAUUAAAAAUCGUCAGCUGCCAUAAAACACUGACGUAUUUGCUCACACGUUUUUAACGCAUGGAUAUUUUUCUCAGAAAACAUUAAAACACGAGAUGCAGUCCAGAAUCACUUACAAGAUGGGAUUCAGUUUGAGAAAGCCGGUGUGAGAAAGUGAGGCGCGCACAGGACUUACAUUCUCCUCCAUAUAACGAUAAAGUCUGGAUCAGAGAGCAUGGAUUGGCCAGCAGGGAUCCUAUGGCUUUUGAUAUCAUUUAUAUUGAGUGUAACACUGACCAGAACAACGGAGCUGAAAGCAGAGCCUACCGAAGGCUUCUCUCCUGUCAUGAUGGCAGUGGAGGGAGAGAGACAGAUCAUGACUGAGUCUCAGGAUAAAUGUCUGGAGCUUCUAAGCCAAGAUGGACCCCGUAAUAAAACAGGUUUGUUCUGCAACAGAUUUUGGGAUGGCUUGCUCUGUUGGGAUGAAACCUCAGCUGGAAACUACGUCUCUCAGAACUGCCCAGACUACCCCAGCUUUGACCCCAUGGAAAAAGUAACCAAAUACUGUGAUGAAUCUGGCAACUGGAUACACAGUUCUUCUGUCAAUAAAACCUGGUCCCAUUGUCUAACAUUUUCAAAGGAUAAAAUAAAGACGCUGCCAGUUCAUGGCUUUUUAGAGACGGAGAUGGAUCCCACAGCCGAGAGUCGGGUCAGCCCCGUAGUGACUCAGAAAGCAGAGGAGAGGAAGAAGAUCAUCGAUGGCCAAUAUAAGUGCUUUGAGAAAAUGAACAGAGACCUACCAUAUAACAAAUCAGGUCUGUAUUGCAACAGGACUUGGGAUGGCUGGUUAUGCUGGGAUGACACUCCAGCAGGGACAUUCAUGUCACAGAACUGUCCCAACUAUUUUGUUGACUUCGACUCCACCGAAAAGGUCACAAAGUAUUGCGAUGAGACAGGAAACUGGUUCAAGCACCCCGAGACAAACAGGACCUGGUCUAACUACACCCUGUGCAUUGCACACACUAAGGACAAGCUGAAGAUGGCGUAUAUUCUGUAUUACAUGGCGAUUGUGGGUCAUGCUCUGUCUAUAGUAUCCCUCCUCAUCUCCCUGGCCAUAUUCUUCUAUUUCAGGAGUCUGAGCUGUCAAAGAAUCACACUUCACAAGAACUUGUUUUUCUCCUACGUCCUCAACUCGGCCUUUACCAUCGUCAACCUCAUAACUGUGGUCAACAACCCCAAAGUGGUGCAGAGGAAUCCGAUUGGCUGCAAGGUGCUGCAUUUCUUCCACAUGUACAUGCUGGGCUGUAACUAUUUCUGGAUGCUGUGUGAGGGGAUUUACUUGCACACUCUUAUCGUGGUGGCCGUGUUUGCAGAGGAGCAGCACCUGCAUUGGUAUUAUCUUCUGGGAUGGGGUUUUCCCCUUGUGCCUGCAUCCAUCCAUGCUGUAGCUAGGAAAAAAUAUUUUGAUGACAAUUGCUGGAUGAGCGUGGACACCCAUCUGCUCUAUGUGGUUCACGGCCCUAUAAUGGCAGCUUUAUUGGUCAAUCUAUUCUUUCUAUUAAACAUAGUACGAGUCUUGGUGACGAAACUGAGAGAUACUCACCGAGCAGAGUCCAACAUGUACAUGAAGGCUGUGAGGGCCACCCUCAUCCUCGUGCCUUUAUUGGGCAUUCAGUUCGUCAUCUUCCCAUGGCGGCCAGAGAACCGGCUGGCAGGAGAGGUUUAUGACUACAUCAUGCAUAUUUUAAUGCAUUACCAGGGACUGCUGGUGGCAACCAUAUUCUGCUUUUUCAAUGGAGAGGUCCAGUCAGCUCUGAAGAGACAGUGGAUACAAUACAAAGUGCAGUGGGGCCAGCGGAGACGCGAGCACUGCUCCAUGCGCUCCACAUCCUACACCGCCACCUCCAUCACCGAGGUGCCCGCCUUCAUGUACCAUCACGACUGCAACAGCGAACACUUAAACGGUAGACACACAGAAGACUCAGAGCUGGUGGCCCUCAAGACAGGUGAGACGUACGCCUGAGACAUAUAUGAGAAGUAAGAGUUUCAAUCAAACCAGAGACUGGAGGCUCCAUUAUCGUGAAGCGACUUUAGGUGUUCACAAUUUCCCCCCAUCUCUGACAACAACAGGACGUCCAGAGUCUGUGUGUUGACACCAGCAAUUCUGCUGAGAGAUUACUCACUGCUUCUUUUAUAUUCCUAACAGCUCGGCUUCUGCGAGUUGAAACGAAAAGAAAAGGAAAAAUAGAUUGACAUAGAAUGCGUUUCUUAAAAUAUGUCAAAUUCAAGCUGCUAGUUUCAGGGGCUCCUCACAUCCUCUCUGGGCUCGUGGUCGUCGAAAGUUACUUUGCAGAAACCAAAGGAUGUGCUGAUUUGUGGAACGUUGACUGUUUUUAUAAGCUUCUGGGAAACUGUACUCAAGAGGAUGGGCUAUGAUGUCUGUCGGCGAACAAAGGAAAGUGCCUGAAUACUGAUCCUUCAAGUGUCAAAGGUGGUUACAAAGAUCUGUCGGACGGUCAUUUCGCAGCUAAAUAUAGCUUUCUAUCUGUCCUGCGAGGCUCCUGACUGCUUAACUGUUUUCGCUGCUGUACUUUCGCCUCGUCUUUAUAGAGGAAAAAAAACAAACAAUCUGAAUAAUUUUAGUAGUGAUAAAAGUGGAAUCAUACUGCAACUCUGCGUGAUUACAUACAGUAAAAUGUAUUCCCAUAACUAAGCAUAGGAGUCAAAAAAUGUGUUUAAUAACCUCCAGUGUUUCAGAGUGCAGAUUUUAAGUCUGAUUUUUGUCUGAAGGCAUAUUGUCAGUGUUUUGGAGUGCUACUUUCUCUCUAAGUACAUUGUUAAUGGGGAACCAAAAUCCAGAGUUGAAUAAAUUCAUUCAGUUCAACCAGCAAUCAAUAACCCACUCUUAAAAAUAAAGGGGCUUAAAUGGUUCUUCACAGUGAUGCCAUACAAAAAUCAUUUUUGGUUCCUAGGAAACAUGGUGGUGCAAAAUGAGGACUUCCAUGUAAGGGGACGCGUGGUGUAUGUAGAGAAAAACGGCUCAUUCUAAGGUAAUAAAAACAAUAAGGUUCAUUUGUAAGGUCUUUAUGCUCGUUGGUGUUUUAAGCCCUUAACGUAGCCUUCAAGGCAGCGCUGCCUGGAAGGCACUCCCCGCCCCAGAGCAUUUCAGCCAAUCACAGCACUGCCGCUAGAUAUCGAGCCUUUUCGCCAGCCUCUGGCAGUUCGAGCUCACCGUAAGAUAGGAAUGUGACUGUAUUUGAAUUCAGCUCGAAAUUUUUUGAGCGUUUAAGUUAUACGGUUACGUAGUUACGCGGUGUGCUCUUACCUCGUUGCUGGGUUCAGCACAGCCAAGCUAUUUGCGCUCUGCUUGCCAGACCAAAGUAGGCGGGGUUUUCAAUAAAUUAAUAGCGUUUAUAUUUGGGUUAAAUUGUCGAUGAAAUUGCCGUCUCCAUUUCGCAUAACUUUAAGCUGCCUACCUACAACAAGCGUCUUGAUUUAAGACACACCUGACAUGCCAACUUGAAUUGCUACGUGUUUCCGUGACACGGCUUUCCUAACGAUGCCUCUUUAGGAGCGUAAACUUGUAUAAUAAAGCUCCGGGAAUUCCGAGUAUAAGCUUUUCGUCCAUUUUGAUUUUGCUUGUUUGGAUGCCCCGUUUCUAUUGGCCGUGCGAGUAAUCGUCACAGAGCGCAGCGCAAAAGUUAAACUAUUUUGAACUUUGACCACUGUGCGCUUGCGCUUUGCUCGACGCAACAAAAAAAUGACCUCGCCCAGCACAAGCCAUUGAAAUGAAUAGGUUUCAUAGCGCAGCUCACACCGCGUCCUAUGUGAAAGCCGCAUUACGUGUUUCCGUGACUUUCUUUCUCGUGCCAGUUUCACGUAUUGGUUACUCAAUUGUUUGAGAUGGUUCGAGUGUUUAAGUUUUGUGUCUCCGCGUUUUCACGUGUCUGAGGCACGGCUUUCACGUAUUGGUUACUCAAUUGUUUUUCCUAAUUUCUUACCAUUGUUGCUGGGGAUUGGGGUUAGAACUUAGUUACAUAAAAUGACAUCCUAACCUAAACCCAACCCUAACCCCAAGCGAAAACUGUUUAAAAAUCUGACGAAUAAACGUAUAAACCAAUGCUUAAAAUGACAUCCUAACCCAAACCACAAAUCUAACCCCAAUCCCAAGCGACAAUGGUUUGAAAAUAGGAAAAAAAUUGAGUAACCAAUAUGUGAAACUGGCACAAAAAGAAAGUCGUGCCACGGACAGGUGAAAACGAAGAAACACGUAACUUAAACGCUCGAAACAUUUCGAGCUGAAUUCAAAACAGUCACAUUCCUAUCUUACCAUAUGUGCACUACUCACCUGACCAACGGUGAGCUCGAACUGCCAGAAGCUGGCGGAAGACUCGAUAUCUAGUUCCAGUGCUGUGAUUGGCUGAAACGCUCGGGGGCGGGGAGUGCCUUCUAGGCAGCGCUGCCUUGAAGGCUCCGUUGAGGGCUUAAAACACCAACAACCGGUCUUUAUACACCACUGAUAAUAUAGUUAUGUAUAUUAUAUUGCCUUUCUGUCAAGAGAUUCUUCUAAAAGUUACACACUGCACCUUUAAUAAUCUGAAAAACCUUUUAGCCAAAAAUGUUUCUACUAUGGCCUCAUGAAGAACCAUUUUUUAAAGGGGUCAUAUUAUGAGACUUUUUUAAGAUGUAAAAUAUGUCUUUGGUGUCCCCAGAGUACAUAUGUAAAGUUUUAGCUCAAAAUACCCCACAGAUAAUUUAUUUUAGCAUAAAAUUGCCACUUUUGUAUGUGCAAGGUGUGUCCUUUUAAAUGCAAAUGAGCUGAUGAAAUGCAAGCACUGAUCACCAUAAUGGUGGUUUGUUGAAAUUGAAACUCAAUUGUGCUGUCAAUGAUUCUCUCUCUCUCUCUCUUUCUCUCUCUCUCUCUCUCUCUCUCUCUCUCUGCACUAUAUGGCAGUGCCGUGGUUGGAUAGUGCAGAUUUAAGGGGCGGUUUUAUUAUAAUAAGAUCCUCUUUUCACAAGGGGAGCCAAAUUUCAAUUACCUAUUUUUUUUCACAUGCUUGCAGAGAAUGGUUUCCCAAAACUAAGUUACUGGGUUGCUCUU